UAUCGCAGACGCAGAGGUGACUUAAUUCUGGCGUGUAAAAUUCUUCAGGGUACGUCAGACCCGGCAAUUUGUCCUCAGUUGAACCGUCGUGCAGAAGCCAACAUGGGAGGUUGCCCCUCCAGUUUAUGUGCUCGAUUGGCAAAAAAGGGCUGCAGAAAAUACUUUCAUUUGAGCCGCGCUGUGAGUCCUUGGAACUCGUUGCCUUUCGACGGUGGUCAUGCUUCUACACUGGGAAUUUUCAAAACUUAA